GAGCCGGCCAUGAGCGGGGCGAGCUGGCUGUGCGGCUCCCGCCGCGGCCCGUCCGCGGCGCUGUGGAACUGGAACCAGACAUGGUAUGCCGACACCCCAAGUUUUACACCAUGUUUCCAGAACACCGUGUUGAUUUGGAUUCCUUGCAUUUACCUUUGGGCCUCUCUUCCUUGGUAUUACCUGUACCUGCGGAAAAGCUCCAGAGGAUACAUCAGGAUGUCAGCUGUCUUCAAAGCAAAAAUGGUUCUUGCCUUUACCUUGAUACUGCUGUGCUUCAUAAAGACAUGCUACCUCCUUUGGGAAGUAAGCCGAGGGAUUCCACGGACGCCGGGGCACAUCCUAACUGCUGCCGUGCUGGUCAUUACAAUGAUCCUGGUGGUGUUUCUAAUCCAGGUGGAACGACGGAAGGGCAUCCGGUCUUCUGGCAUUUUGCUGGUGUUUUGGUUACUCACUUUCUUCUCUGCUAUGGUCUCCUUUAGCUCUAAAAUCCAACAUGCCCUGAAAGGUGGCUUCAGAGAAGAUCCUUCCCAACAUAUUAUCACAUAUGUUUAUUUCGCUUUGGUCUUGCUGGAACUGGUACUGUGCUGCUUUGUAGACCAACCUCCCUUCUUCUCCAAAGUGCUCAAUGACCCUAACCCGUGUCCUGAAUCCAGGGCCUCUUUUGUUUCCAAAAUCACAUUCUGGUGGUUUGUUGGGCUGGUCUGGAAAGGCUAUUGGAAACCUCUGCAGACAGAAGACCUGUGGUCCCUAGCAAAAGAGAACUCCUCCAACGAGAUCAUUACCAAGAUUGAGGAAGCCUGGAGAAAGAAUCGUGAAAGAACGGCACAAAUGGUGGAAUCAAGGAAACUACAGAGGGAGCGAGCCAGUGAGGAAGAGGCAGAUGAGACCACCGUCCUGCUCCAGCCGGAGAAGGGCAGCACCAAGCCGCUGCUGAAAGCCUUCUGGAGUGUCUUUGGGACGUACUUUCUUCUGGGGACACUCAGUUUAGUCACCUGUGAUGUCUUCUUGUUUCUGAUCCCCAAGACACUGAGCCUCUUCCUGGACUUCAUCACUGAUCCUGCCGCUCCCCCAUGGCAAGGCUACCUCUGCGCCACCGUGAUGUUCUGCUUGGCCUGCCUGCAGACCCUGUUCGAACAGCAGUACAUGUAUACGUGUGUCGUCUUGGGAAUGAGACUGAGGACGGCCAUCAUGGGCCUUGUUUAUCGAAAGGUCUUGGUACUGUCAGCUGCGGGCAAGAAAGCAACAACAGUGGGUGAAAUUAUCAACUUGGUGUCCGUCGACGUGCAAAAGCUGAUGGAUCUCAUUAUCUAUUUUAACGGGACUUGGCUCGCCCCCAUCCGUAUCCUCAUCUGCUUCAUCUUCCUUUGGCAGCUGCUGGGACCGUCCGCUUUAUCUGCUGUUCUAGUGUUUGUAUUUCUCUUGCCGCUGAACUUUGCAAUCGCCAAGAAGAGAGGCCAGUUCCAGGAAGCUCAAAUGAAGCAUAAAGAUAGCCGUGCAAAACUCACCAGCACCAUUCUUGGCAACAUCAAGAUGCUCAAACUCUACGGAUGGGAGGAGAACUUUAUGGGCAAAGUGCUGGCUGCCCGAAGCCAAGAACUCCGAGCCCUCCGGACGUCCCAGUUUCUCUUCUCUGCCUCCCUUGCGUCUUUCCAGUCGUCAACAUUUCUGGUGAGUGCUUUCCUCCGGCCUCCCCAAGAGCCCCCCGUAGUGCCUGCCCUCUCCAUCGUUUCCCCGCUUUCUUCUCGCCAGAUCUCCUUCAUCGUGUUCGCAGUCUACACGUUGGCAGAUGCGCGGAAUGUCUUGACUGCGCAGAAGGCCUUCGUCUCCCUGGCUCUGGUCCACAUUCUCAACACGGCUCAUUCCUUCCUCCCCUUUUCCAUCAACGCGGUCGUGCAGGCAAAAGUUUCUAUAAAGCGUUUGGCUGCCUUUCUCUGUCUCGAAGAGUUGGACCUAACCGAACCGGACAUGGGUUCGUUGGGCAGCACACAGGAUUGCAUUCUUGUUAGAAAUGGAACUUUCAGCUGGUCCAAAGAGAGCCCCCCGUGCCUGAAAAGGAUAAACCUCGCCAUCCCCCGGGGCUGCCUGUGUGCCGUGGUCGGCCAGGUGGGUGCCGGGAAAUCCUCUCUCUUCUCGGCAUUACUUGGUGAGCUGCAAAGAUCCGAAGGGUCUGUUGUGAUGAAGGGCACGGUAGCCUUUGUUCCCCAGGAAUCCUGGACACAGAACGCCUCCGUGGAAGAGAACAUCACGUUUGGAGACAAGCUGGAUCUCAGGUGGUACGACCGGGUCGUUACCGCCUGUGCGUUGCAGCCAGACCUGGACGGCUUUCCUGAUGGAAGUCAGACCAAAAUAGGAGAGAAGGGCAUAAAUAUUUCUGGAGGAGAGAAGCAGCGGCUCAGCCUGGCUCGGGCUGUCUACAGGAACGCGUCCAUUUACCUUCUCGAUGACCCACUUUCUGCUGUGGAUGCCCUGGUCGGCCAGCACAUUUUUGAGCAGGUUCUAGGACCCAAAGGCUUACUGAAGGACAAGACUCGUGUUCUGGUGACCAGUGCAGUUCACAUUUUGCCCAGAGUGGACCAUAUUAUUGUAAUGAGGGAUGGGGAGAUCUCCGAGGCUGGCUCGUGGCAGGAGCUCGUGCAGCGCCAGGGGGCCCUUGCAGAUUUCCUGAUGUCUCACGGCGGAGGAGCAAAAGAAGGUGCAGGAACUGUUGGGGUUGUCCCUGCAGGAUGUAUGACCCACGAGGGAAAACUUGGAGAGUCAUCUAAAUCCCCAGCAGGGCAUGCUGGCUACAGGCCCGUGGAUACAGAACUGGGAGAAUGUAUUACAAGUGGAGAGAAACGACUCACUGGCAGGGCUAAGAUGUCGGUCUAUUGGAGCUACCUGGGAGUGGCUGGGCCCCUCAUCUGGGCCUAUACUCUGCUUUUGCUCACCUGCCAGCAGAUGGCCUCGUUCUGCCGGGGCUACUGGCUUAGCCUGUGGGCCAACGACCCCCUGCACAACGGAGUGCAGCCCCACACGGCGCUCCGUGUUGGCAUCUUCUUUUUCCUGGGAUGCGCUCAAGCUAUUGGAAAGUUCGGGUCAGUCGCCGCCGUGUUCUUGGCCGGGACGCUGGCCUCGCGCAAGCUCUUCCUGCAGCUGCUCCGGGAUGUCAUCCGAUCUCCAAUGGCCUUCUUUGAGCAGACGCCCAGCGGCAACCUGCUGAACCGCUUCUCCAAAGAAAUGGACGCCAUUGAUUCCAUCAUCCCCGACAAGCUGAAGUCCCUGCUGGGCUUUUUGUUUCAACUGCUGGAGAUCUACAUCGCCAUCAUGGUGGCCACCCCUAUCGCUGUGGUAGCCAUUGUCCCUCUGACCGUCUUGUACGCCACGUUCCAGAGCUUCUUCGUCACCACCUCCUGCCAACUACGGCGCCUUGAAACCGCAAGCCGGUCCCCCAUCUUUUCCAACCUUUCGGAGACCUUUCACGGGAGCAGCAUCAUCCGUGCAUACAAGGCCCAGCAACGCUUCGUUCUCCAGAAUGACUACAGGGUGGAUGAAAACCAGAGGGCCUCUUUCCCUGCCCUGGUGGCUGACAGGUGGCUUGCCACCAACAUAGAGUUCCUGGGCAAUAGCGUUGUCCUGGUUGCAGCUGUACUUGCUGUGAUCAACAGACCAUACCUCAGUCCAGGGCUGGUUGGAUUUUCCAUUUCGUGCGCUCUGCAGAUAACGGGGGUUUUGAACUGGAUGGUGCGAGCCUUAGCAGAAAUGGAUAACAAUAUUGUAUCUGUAGAAAGAGUCAGAGAUUACUCAAGCACGGUCAAAGAAGCUCCUUGGACUCUGGACAAUAAUACCGUGUGUGAGAACUGGCCUCGCGAAGGGGCAGUCGAAUUCAGAGGGUACAGCAUGCGAUACAGGCCGGACUUGGAGCUCGCUCUGAAGAAGAUCAGCAUACGGAUCAGUGGGCGAGAAAAGGUCGGCAUAGCAGGAAGGACCGGUGCCGGAAAAUCUUCUCUCGCUGCAGGACUUCUCAGGCUAGUGGAAGCUGCUGAGGGGGAGAUUUUGAUCGACGGGACCAACAUUGCCCAAAUAGGCCUGCACGAUCUGAGACGGAAGAUUACUAUUAUUCCACAGGACCCAGUUUUGUUUUCGGGGUCGCUAAGAAUGAACCUCGACCCGUUGGACGAGCACUCGGACGACGACAUCUGGACGGCUUUGGAACUGACACGGCUCAAGAGCUUCGUUCAGGACCUGCCCAAUCAGCUGGCCUGUGAAUGCAGUGAGGGAGGCGGGAAUUUCAGCGUUGGCCAGCGGCAGCUCCUCUGCCUGGCUCGAGCUCUGCUCCGGAAAGCCAGGAUCCUCGUCCUGGAUGAGGCCACUGCAGCUGUGGAUCUCGAAACAGACCUCCAGAUCCAGUCCACCCUCCGGGCUCAGUUCGGCAACUGCACCGUUUUGACCUUAGCCCACCGUUUAAGCACCAUUAUGGACUGCGACAAGAUCUUGGUGAUGGAAGAUGGCCGGGUGGCAGAGUUUGGUGUCCCGGAAGCAUUGCUGGCCCAGAAGGGGCUCUUCUACAGGAUGGCGGAGGAGUCUGGGUUGGUGUGAGGACGGAGCUCAAGGGGCAGGCUGAGGUGCUCCUCGAACGAGAAAGACAACAUCUACCUCUCCCUGGGGCAGGAAGCCUCAUUCAGGCACUUUGCACAUCACAUAACAGCUUAAAGCAGGGGUGCUUUGGAAGGUUCCAUGCACACUGUUGUUGUAAUAAUCACAACAACCCUGUAAGGCAGGGCAGUUUGAUCUCCAGUAGUAGAUGGGAGAGAUGCUGAGGCCACAAAUGCCUUCUCUAAGGUGUCCUAGUGGGUUUGUGACAGGGCCACUGUUUUAAGACAGGGAUUUCCUGAUCUGUUGUAAAUCUCUUCGUGACCUUGCUGCCCCCUCAUUCGCUUCUCUUGUGCCUGGCAAUAAUUCUCCAACAGAACAGCAUUAAAUUGUCUGUUUAACAACA